UUCCUCCAUUAAGGAUGAACUCAUCAGCAUUAACUAUUCAGAAUCCAUUGCUAUUGCUUGAUAUUCUCUAUUUGAUCGGGGACUAUCUAAAGCGAUGGGACUUAAAAAACUCUAUUCUCGUUUGCAAGGAAUGGCACAGAGUAUUUAUCCAUUUCUUAUGGAGAAAAAUUAAUCUUGAAAAAUUAAGUCAUGAACAACAACUCCUAUUGUCCGCACCAAUAUUGCGGAAAUACUCCAAAAUGAUCAAAAAAACCACCGUAAUCGUCACUCACUUCGUAGAGGGACCAGGAUCAACAAUUCUCGAGCUUUGUAAUAAUGUGGUGGAGUUUACAGGGGACACGUACCAUCCAAGGAAUUGGCAAAGUCAGGCUCAAGCGCUCAUCAACUUCUUUGUGCGAAACACCAAGCUUCGAUCUGUGACCUUUUGGACAAUGCCUGGGAACGAACACAGCUUGUGGAGCAGCUUGAUCGACACAAUGGCUCAACUUAAUCGCCUCACAGAGCUCGACCUUACUUUUGCGAAAAUGGAUCUAAAGAUGGCGAAAUUCCUGACAUCACUAUCUUCAACCCUGACACGGCUUAGAUUGACUUAUGGGGGUUCGACUGAUGGAGUUGUAGUCAAUGAUCAUUUUAAGAAUGUAUUCUUCAAGAGCCUCAAGUCAAUUACAUUCGGAGCAAGUGGCACUAUGGACCUCUUCUGGAUAUUAACAGCACAUUCUCCAUCUUUGAAGAAAGUAGCAUACUACAGCGAGUGGAGCUCCUUCAAAGAGGAGGAAUUCCCAAGAAGCGGAUUCUUCGCUGGAACAGCAGUCCAUAGCCUUGGUUUAAGGGGAGGACAAGCACAUUAUGUAAAUGGAUAUCCUGAAUGCAAGCCAACGGAUCUGACACUUUCCAAAGUUCUUGAUCGAUGUGAGCAUAUCGAUGUCCUGAGCAUGCGCACAACAGGGUUCGGUCCAAGGUGUUUUUCUUCGCUUAUGAACCAUAAGCUCUAUCUAACGGAGCUCAGUCUAAUAUCUAACCCCAAGUUCACAAGUACCAUGGCUCAAGAGUGUCUCUCCAAUAUGGAAUGCUUGGUUACGUUCUGUUUUGAUGCCAUAACAGCUUCUGAUAUCGUUGAUGGUCUUGAUAAUGGGAAACCAUGGCUUUGUAAAAGAUUACGGUUUCUUAAAACAAGCAUCACUGGAUUACCAUCAAUCAUGGAAAUUUUAGACAAGAGCGAUGAAAGCUACGGGGUCAUGCGAUCAAUGCAUCUAAAAGUGUUUGAGCAACUCUCGGCUCUGGUGAAAUUAGAAACUUUGGACCUUUCGUAUCCUCCUCAAUAUCAUGGAUCUACUUUCCGACACGUUAAUCAGACCGACGGAGUAUGGUUCUCACUCGAAGCAGGACUUGAAAAGUUGGAAUCAUUAAACCAAUUGAAAACACUCGCCACCCACCGUGUCAAUCAAAAGAUGACAGUAGAGGAUGCCCAUUGGAUGAAGCAACAUUGGUCGGACGAGUUUACACUUUAUGUGGCAGACCAUCUAGGGUGCAAUUAUCAAGAAGAAGAUCCAGAAAUAACAGAAGAGAUUUGGGAAACCAUAACAGUACUAUGCCCCACCUAGGAGUAUGCAUUCUUUCUUAGAGGUAGAAGUGAGUGCUACUUGGAAGAGAGAAAAAAAAGAAUUAUUUAUAGCAAAAAAAAAAAAUUUUUUUUCUUUUUUUUUU